AAGAAAAAAGAAAAAAAAAACGAACAUAACAGCAAACGUACCGAAGAUGCGACUGGCUUUGACACGUGAGAGCCACGUGACAAACGCUCCUUAUUUAAAAAAUAACAUCUAUGGAAAAGACCAUAAUACCCUUGAGACAGAACAAGACAAAUAGCGAUGUCCCUCUCUCUCUCUUGAUCGACGGACUGGUGGUCUCUCUCUCUCUCUCUGAACCGGUCACGGGAAGAAUCUCCGGCGAUCUUGAUCGGGAUGAGUAACAGCGAGCUUCUCUCCGUCGAGCCUCUCGACCUUCAAUUCCCAUUUGAAUUGAGGAAGCAGAUCUCAUGCUCUCUUUACUUGACCAACAAGACCGACAAUCAUGUCGCCUUUAAGGUUAAGACAACGAAUCCGAAGAAGUAUUGCGUUAGGCCUAACACUGGAGUUGUUCUUCCACGGUCCACUUGUGAAGUUCUUGUGACAAUGCAAGCUCAAAAGGAAGCUCCUUCGGAUAUGCAGUGCAAGGACAAGUUUCUGCUCCAGGGUGUUACUGCUAGUCCUGGUGUCACGGCCAAGGAUGUUACUCCUGAGAUGUUUAGCAAAGAGGCUGGGUAUCUGGUUGAGGAGACUAAACUGAGAGUUACUUAUGUUGCUCCACCUCAACCGCCAUCACCUGUUCACGAAGGUUCUGAAGAAGGUUCUUCACCAAGGGCUUCUGUUUCUGAUAACGGAGGACAGGCUUCUGAAUUUUCUUUUCAGAGAUCUAGCGCGGACAAGGUUGAACCUCAAGAAAACACACCUGAGGCAAGGGCUCUCAUCACAAAGCUAACCGAGGAAAAACAGUCUGCCAUUCAACUUAACAACAAACUUCAAAGAGAACUGGACCAGUUAAGGCGUGACAGCAAGAGAAGCCAAAGUGGUAUCCCUUUGAUGUACGUUCUCCUGGUCGGACUAAUUGGUCUAAUUUUGGGAUACAUUAUGAAGAGGACAUAACCACCCCCCCCCCCCCCCCCACACCUCGGAAGAAAAGAAGAAAAAAAGAAACAGACUUUUCUUUGUUUAACUCAUUUUCCAGUCGGAACAUUCUUUUUUUCUUUUCUGUAUUUGACAAUUUCACCUAAGAAAGGUGUGCCUCUAGCGGAUUUAUAACUCAGUUUACUUUUGUUUUUAACUUUUGUAAUCCAAUGACUUUCAUUACAUGCUUCUUUGAAUGUUUCACUUCCUAAAA